AUGCCAAGUGACGCUCGGAGGACGCAUCUGAGGCCCUCUAGUCCGGCAGCAUCCCCCCAGCAUUCAUCCGGGCCCGCUGGCGGUACGGUCAAGGUCGGCCGGCGCGUAUCGCAGUGCCAUGGGAUGCUGCUUCGACUUCCUGGAGGUUCUUCGGAGGUCCAGGCAGAGCUUAUGUGGUACGGCAGCCAGGGAGAAGUGGAAUGUGCCCGCGCGCGCCUCGAGGGCGAUACAUUGGCGCAAAGUGCAAAAUCACGCAGGCACCGUAUGACCAGUCGACCACAUACAUGUGUUUCCUACGAGAAGGAUGAAUGA